UUUUCUCCUUUUAUGGCUUAUGUUUUUUUGAGGCCAGGGAUGAAGAGGAACUUGUACAAAAGCUCCACUGAUGGCACUGUUGGGUUGUUCUUGGUCAAGGAGGUUGCAUUGUGUUUUCCAACUCUAGCUCAGUGGUCAACGAACUACAAAUUAGACCAAAUGUCUCAUAGUAGGAUAUGUACAGUGGUGGCUGUCUAACUCUUUCUUGUACUCUAUAUGUCUGGAUGUGGGCAUAUAUCAAUGGGCUUACAAAUCAUCUUCCUUGGCAUGGUUUCUUUGAGAUUUUUCCAAGACCUAUUGUAAAUUUUUGUUAACUUUGGACUUUGGAGUAAAGUUUUACCACGUAGAAAUGGAGGUGAAGAAGUCUCAUAGAAUAAUUGUUGACUUGAAGAGAAAGCGUGCAUCCCAAUGUGCAGCAUAUUUCACUGCAGCUGCUCGUACGGCAGUGCUACGGAGACCCACAUUUGAUUCCCUAUCUAACAAGCUUUGCAAGCGGGUUGGGUCAAAUGCAUGCAAGAACAAAUCAGGCCCUCACUCUAAGAAAUAUAUAAUAAAGAAUUAUUCAAAUUUUAUGAAGAGUGGGUUGCUUCAACGUCUGAUGUUUUACCACAAUGAUGAAUGGAUGGAUUUUCCGAAGGAUUUUCUUGAGCUGGUGAAGAAAGAUUUUCAGGAAAAGAAGGCAGUCAUUGAAGUUGAAUUCAAGGGUUGUCGUUCAUUGCUGAAUUUUAUAGACAUGAUUCAGGUUGAUCUGAAAACGGGUUUACAAAAGCAAAUUGCUUGGAUUGAUGAAGCAGGUGGCUGUUUCUUUCCAGUAUCAUACUCUGAUGACCAGGAACUUUGUAGCUGUUUUCAGCCUGAGCUGGAGGAAGAUUGUUCACAUGUAUAUUCAGAAAUUGAUGGGACCCGUGAAAUCAAGUUGCAACUUGAGAUUGAAAUAACUGGGGCUGGUAAUGCAAAGUCGGAAGAUUGUUGUGAGGAAUCAUAUACUCGUGUUAAGCGCCUUAAAAUCAAAGAAAAAUCUCCCAGUGACCAUUACAGACAAGAAGAAAAUGAUAGUACCAACGCCAAAUCAGAUGCAAAGAUUGUAGAAGCUAUUGGGGAGAAUAGACAUUUCGGUGGCAACUCUCUUUUUCAGACGACUGGACUUGAUGAAUUGACCUCUGAUGCUGUGCAAGACAUGUUCCUUUUGGGUAUGGGCCUAAACUUGGGUGCACAGGACAUAGUUCAGGUAUACCGUGGCUCAAGUAAUUUAUUGCAAGCUCGUUUGGAGCUUUUUCAAAAGCAGUUUGAAAUUACAAGAAAGUAUCGGGGUAAUCCAAAUAUAAGAUAUGCAUGGCUUGCCUCUUCCAAAGAAGCAGUAUCCCAAGUAAUGGAGCAUGGGCUUGGUUUAAAUGAACUCCCUAAAACUAAGCCGAUGUAUGGUGUUGGUGUUCAUCUCGCACCAGCGAACUGCACCUAUAUCAGUGCGAGUCAUUGUGAUGUUGACGAAAAUGGAGUACAGCAUUUGGUGUUGUGCCGUGUAAUUAUGGGAAACAUGGAACUUGUUCAUUCUGUAUCUGAACAGUUUCAUCCAAGUAACAAACACUUUGAUAGUGGUGUAGAUGAUCUUCAAAAUCCAAAGCACUAUAUAGUAUGGAACAUGAAUAUGAAUACUCACAUCUUUCCGGAAUAUGUCGUCAGUUUUAGGAUGCCACCCAACGCUGAAGGUUAUUUAGUUGGGAAAGAAAGCAAAGUCAAUGUUUGUGGAGUCACAAAUUCUACUUGCUGUCAAGGUCUACUUCAACCAGAUUCUUGUCUAGUUGAUUCGGUGGGAGAUCGUCGUACAUUUCCAGGCUUGGCAAAGAGAUCUCAAACUGAAAACCUCCCUGUUGGGUCAAAUGUUCCAAAGGCUCCCAAAUCUCCUUGGAUGCCUUUCCCCAUGUUGUUUGCGGCCAUCUCAAACAAGGUGGCUCCUAAAGAUAUGAAGUUAGUGAAUAUACACUAUGACCAAUUUAGGAGCAAAGUUAUUAAUCGGGACGAUUUUGUUAAAAAGUUGAGAUAUAUAGUCGGGGACAAACUGCUGAGAUCCACGAUAACAAGUUUGCAAUGCAAGUUGGCUUCAAAGCAGGAGGAUUCAGAAGCACAAAACCAAGUUGAAGAAGCUUAAGUGUGUCCUAAAUUUGCUGCUGCAGCAACAUUUGAAAUGUGUCGACAUGAUGUGAAUGACAAACUAGCAUGCGAUUGGUGCGGGAAUCUGGAUUAUAGAUCAAUGGAAUUUGUUUCUAGUUUGUUA